GAAUGGACGCUUGGGCAGCACAAGUAAGAGCAGGGGCUCCCAUUCACAAUUUGGUGUCCUACGGCACUGGCGUGAGCCUUGGGCUCUUUGGUUUCUGGUGGAUCAUCGGCGUGCAGUUCGCAGUGCUUCUGGCCGGCCGUUUCCCACUGCCAAAAAACAGCGUCUACGGACUGGCUCAGUCUGUGGUGCUCUACUCCGUCUACAUGGCGUUCAACUUCUCCGGAGUCUACAUAGGACGUUGGGCAUACAAAGAGAGUGUUGCUGCAUCACUCACAUGGUGUGCUGCAGCUGGCAUGCUGGCUUGGCUAGCCAGCGGUGGGCUGAAGGUCUGUCAGUCAGCCUUUCGCCGUCAUUGA